GUUCAUCAUGGACAAGCCAAUAAGCAAGUUGUUGGAGAAGUUAAAGCUAACGGACUCGGGGAGUGUGAAAUUCAACAGUUCAAGGAAAAAACAUGACUCUGCCAACAACUCUAAUAACAGCAACGCCAACACUGGCAUCUCCGGAGGCAGUGGUGGGGGCAGCGGUCUGCCACCAGCUCCCAGCGCUGCAGCUGCCUCGCCCUCAAGACCCGGCCAGUUCUCGCUUGCCUCUGCAACCACAAGCGAUGCAUGUGUUCCAGCGAGUGGGAGAGGGGGAGGAGGAGGAGGAGGAGGAGGAGGGAUGGGAAUGCCUCCCACUCAGCUCCUCACCCCACCGCCAUCUUCCUCCUCGGUGGGUGCCGUACCUCAAGAUGGCGAGCAACAACUUCACCCUUCCACCUUGGCACCACUGAGGCGCCGCUCCCCCCAGCAGCGGGCUUCCUGUUACCUGGGCGAAGGCGUGGACUCCCACCUGAGGCGUGAGUCUGGCCUGGGCCCUGAGUGUGACCCUCUGGGAGCGUUUGGCUCCAAGGCGUCCCUCAAUCAACGGCGCUACUCCCUGGAGCUCCAGCAGCUGGUCAGAAGACAGCAGCUCCUCUCCCAGCCACCGCCACUCUCUGUUCCCCCGCCGUACCCAGCCUCCUCAGGGUAUGGGUCAGCUCCCAGAGUUGGUGGAGGCGGCCUGGCAGAGCCUGGCUACCUCUCGGAGCCAGAGAGGCACAAGCGCCUCUCUCUCCAGGAGGCUCUGUUCUACAAACGCCUGAGCACAGGCAGUGAACUGUGGGAGAGCACCAGGCCUGCAUCCCUCUCCCAUCCACCACAUCGCACAUCUGAUGUGACUGGAGGAGGUGUCGGAGGGGGGUUCUUUUAUCCACCAGGACCUACCCUGAGCCCAUGCUCAUCAUUCAGCCUCCAGGAGUCGGUGCUGGUCAGCCCCAGGUCCAGCUUUGCCUCCAGCACCGCCAGUGGCGGCGGAGGAGGAAGCCCAAUGGGGAGCCGCUGCAGCAGCAACCGGACCAGUGGCAUCAGCCUGGGCUAUGACUCUCGCUACUCUGCCUCUGGAGGCCUCCCUCCACAGCAGCAGUGCCCCUCCAUGCAGACAGGGGGCUCUGCGGCUAGUUAUGGACCUCCAUGCAGGGCCGGAGUGACCCCUGUGGAGGCCUGGAAUCAAUACCUGGAGGGAGGGAUGCGUCCAGGGGCCCAUGACAGCCGACACUCCUACCCACCUGCUGUUGGGAGUCCAGGAGCAGCGUGCUACCAGGCUGGCCCAGAGUGGUGGGACGAGCAGCAGGCAGGUGUGAGAGGCAAAGAGGGGGCCGUGAUGGGGGACAGGGCCCGAUACUCGGACCUGCCUGGCACCCGGUACCAGGAAGAGCUCACCCGACUUCUACUGAGAGAUGCUGCGCUGACAGGCGGGGGGCUCCUGGAGGGCCUGAUGCUCAAGGAUCAGUCGCUGGCCCUGACGGCUCUUUCCAAACCGAGCACGACAACACUGGGGCCUUGCUCAGCCGGAGGGCCAGUCAAACCUCAGGAGGAUCCAGGAGUCGGAGCUGGGAGGGAGGCCGUGGAGAACCGCCAGGAGUUCUUUGGGACCUGUGUAAAGUGUGGGAAAGGCGUGUACGGGGCGGAUAACGCCUGCCAGGCUCUGGAUAGCCUCUAUCACACACGCUGCUUCACCUGUGUGUCCUGUGGACGCACCCUGAGAAACAAGGACUUCUACAAUGUCAACGGCUCUGUGUACUGUAAAGAGGAUUAUAUGUUUUCGGGAUUCCAGGCUGCUGCUGAGAAGUGUAGCGUGUGUGGCCACCUCAUCCUCGAACAGAUCCUGCAGGCUCUGGGGAACUCGUACCAUCCCAGCUGUUUUCGCUGUGUGGUUUGCUCCAAGGUUCUGGACGGGGUGCCUUUCACUGUGGACCAUCACAGCAGCAUCUACUGUGUGGCGGACUACAACAAGGCUUUUGCUCCGAAGUGCGCCGCCUGUUUACAACCCAUCUUACCUACUGAGGGCAGUGAGGAGAUCCUCAGGGUCGUGUCUAUGAACAAGGACUAUCACUUUGAGUGCUACCACUGUGAGGAGUGUGGUAAGCAGCUCUCAGAUAAGCCUGGCUCGCAGUGCUUCCCCCUGGACUCUCAUCUUCUCUGCCACUCCUGUCACAUGAGCAGAGCGUGCGCCACACACAACAUUCCCCCUCACAACACACACUGAUCAGCGUCUAUGCAGCUGCUGAUGUUAUGAUAAAGCUGGUCUUGACAUGCUGUCACUCUCUCGUGUGCUUUCUGCUCGGUCUUUCUCUCAAGAUGAAACUGCUGAUGUUCAGACAUUUCCACUGAUUCACUCUGUCUCUGGAUCAGCUGUCACACGUUCUGCCUGCUGUACUUGUUGUACCAUUACUGUACCAUAGUUAUAAGGGAACGGGAAAGAAACUACUGCUUUUUUUACCCCAAUGUGGCUACUGUUUGCUGUAGAAGAACAAGGGAUUUUUUUGCUAAACUGUUUUGUACAUAUAUUACCGCUAGCAAACAUUUUGCACUUAAAUUUGACUUUACUGUAAGAGAUUUGUUUCGUGAAUCUGUACAAUUUGGGGAAAACAUUACUGUAAUUUCUGUAUGUUGUAAUAAAUAUUUUCAUUUGUGUUCAGA